AUGUUGAACUCUUCACUGUAUGUAGAUGAUUUAUAUUUUGGGGGAAAUAGUGUUGAAGAGGCAUUUAAGCUGUCUUCUGAAGCUGUGUCGAUUUUAAAGGAUGCAAGUAUGAUUUUGCGAAAAUUAAAAACUAAUUCUGAGAAACUGAGGUCAUUGUGGAUGCAGAAUGGACUUAGCGAUGAUACUUGUACUUCUGAUUGUCAGUUGAAGGUUUUAGGCUUGAACUGGAACCCAGUAAAUGAUAAAUUUUCUAUAGAUAUAGCAAGAUUAAUGGAUAGUUUAAAGAGUUUGAAGAGCACAAAGCGUUAUGUCUUGCAUGUUGCAGCAAUGAUUUUUGAUCCAAUUGGUUUUGCAGCUCCAUUUGUAGUUAGGAUUAAGUGUUUGCUACAGGAAAUUUGGGAACGUGGUAUUGGUUGGGAUGAGAAAUUGCCAGAUGACCUUAAAAUCAAGUGGACUAGCUGGUGUUCUGAGGUUAAAUAUCUGAAGGAUAUUUCAGUUCCGAGAAAUUUAUUUGUGUGUUGUGAUAACUUAAAUUCAAAAAUGGAAAUACACGUAUUUUGCGAUGCGUCUCCUAUAGCUUAUGGUGCUGUAGCGUAUUGUCGUUACUUAAAUGAUAAGGGUGACAUUUCCGUGUCGUUUGUCAUGUCGAAAAGCAGAGUAGCUCCUUUGAAGAAAUUGACGUUGCCACGAUUGGAACUAAUGGCAGCAGUCAUAGGAGCUAGAAUAGGAAAGUAUCUGGGAGAGGUUUUUAAGGAUCUUAUUGAUAAAUUUGUGUAUUGGACUGAUUCCUUAAUUGUCUUGUUUUGGAUAAAGGGUUCUGCGAAACAAUGGAAACAGUUUGUCGGUAAUAGAGUGGUUGAAGUGCAUGAAAAAUCAAAUCCCAGAUCUUGGAAUCAUUGCAGUGGAAGGGAAAAUCCUGCUGGUUUAGUUAGUAGGGGUGUGCCAGCUCAGUGUAUGUUGGAAGGUGAUCGUUGGUGGUGUGGUCCAGAUUGGCUAAAAAGAAAAGAUAAUUUUUUUUCCCUAAGCAUCCACUGA